CCCCGUUAACCCUUUGCUGGCAGGCCCCCACCCCGAGCCGCGCUCGCCGGCCCGCCCCCCCUCCGGUGCCCCGCGACCCCGCUGUGCCGCCCGGGCCGGGGUGGCGGCCGGGGCAGGAGCGGGGCCCGGGCACCUCCUUCUCUCGUGCCCCAGGACCGGGCCCCCCGCGCCCUGCCCCGUGCGGGGGGCGGCACCCGAGCGCCCCGGCCCGAGCUGGGGGACGGGGUGCGGGUCGGGGCGAGGGGGCCGCGGUGCUGCUGGCCCUGGGGGUGUCGGGUCCGGCCCUGGGGGUGUCGGGUCCGUGAUGCUGCCCGCUCCGGUUGGGUCUCGGGGUCCCCCCACGUGCAGUUCUGGGGGUCUCGGGGUCCCCCAAGCUGCCACCUGUCUUUGGGUUUCGGGGUCCCUCGGCUCCUGGCUCUGGGGAGGGCCCCCCAAGGCCCUGCACCCCCUACUUCCCCUCGGCCUCCUUCUCCCGGGCUCUUCUUCCGCUCAGCUCUGCAUCAACCUCCAGCCCAAGGACCUUGACCCCCUCGCAGGGGACCGAGCCCCCCGGGGACUCCAGGCCCCCGAGCUCGCCCGUGGCCAGGCAGGUGCUUUUGCUCACAUUGAGCUUGGCCCCUGCUGCCGCUUCGUAGACCUGUGUGUGCCACAGGGAUCUUCCUCCUGAACACUUAUUCUGGCACAGGACGUUCAAGUCAUCCAUGUAGGCCGGGACCCUGGUCUCUUCCUUGCCUCCUCCAGGGAUCUGGACGCCGCGCAAGAGGAACCAGUCCAACGCCAGGAGAUCCGGGGGCAGGAGGUGAUGCAGGCCAUGCAGCUCCCGCCUCAGACCCAGUUUCCCACAAAGACCCCACAGCUGGCAUCGGGGCACGACCUCCCCACCCCAGAGACCCAGCUGGCAUCAAGGCUUCAGGGGCCUUUGCUGCCUGGAAGCCGAGGGGCCGCGGGAGGUUUUCAGCCUCCUGCAAGAGCUCGGCCAGCGCUGGCUGGAGCCGCAGCGCCGCAGCAAGGAGCAGAUGCUGGAGCUGGUGGUGCUGGAGCAGUUCCUGGCCCUCCUGCCCCGGGAGAUGCGGAGCUGGGAGUCAGGGCACGGUGUGGAGACCUGCACCGAGGCCGUGGCCCUGGCUGAGGAGGAAGAUUGAAAAACCCCAGACACAGCAGAGCAGCACUGAGGAGGAGCCCCAGCACCUGGAGAGCCCUGCCCUCUCCGGCACACCCAGGAGGGACUGUUGGAAAAGACACUCCCAGGGACACCAGGGGGAAAGCAGAAGGCAGAAGCAGAGGAGACCUCUACCUGCUCUUGUGUUGGGCAGGAUCCUCCUGCUUUGCUGCAUAGGACUCCCGGUGCCCAGAGUUCAUCUGCAAGAGAGGGUCUGACUGGAAAAAGAUGCAUCCCCAGAACAGAUGUUUUCUGGAUGAUCCCCCUCCGGUCUGCAGGACUCACAGAAGCCAAAGGCAGAAGUCAGGCGGCCCUGGAGCCUGGAUGCUGUCAGGAGGCACCGUGAGUGAGUGCAGGGAGAGCAAGAGCCCAGGCCCCCGGCUGGAGUGAGGCCUUUCCUGGGGAGACGGUGGAUGCUGUGCUGGAGCCCGUGGCAGCCGUGGGCCUUCCCUGCGCAGCCUGAAGUGAAGCUGAAGGAGCAGGACCCAGGAGAUCUCCAGGCAGGAGCUGAGGGGGAGAGCAAAUCCCUUUUGUGGUCCAGACUGGGACCAGGGUGAGGAGGGUUUCCCCAAGGUGGUCAGCACCUUGGCCAAUAAAGCAGGAGGAGUCGGUCCAACGCCAGGAGAUCCAGGGGCAGGAGGUGAUGCAGGCCAUGCGGCCCCCGCCUGAGACCAAGAUUCCCUUAGAGACCCCACAGCUGGCGUACGACCUCCCCACCCCAGAGACCUGGCGCCAGCGUUUCCAGGGCUUCUGCUACAUGGAAACCAUGGGGCCGCAGGAGGUGUGCAGCCGCCUGUGGGAGUUUGCCCUGCGCUGGCUGGAGCCCCAGCGCCGCAGCAAGGAGCAGAUGCUGGAGCUGGUGGUGCUGGAGCAGUUCCUGGCCAUCCUGCCCCGGGAGAUGCAGAGCUGGCAGUGGGGGCAUGGUGUGGAGACCUGCGCUGAGGCCGUGACCCUGGCUGAGGGGUUUAAGCUGGGGCAGGAGGAGGAGGAGAAGCUGCAGGUCAUAGUGAGUGUAAAAGCCGAGGAGGUGUCCUCAGACAAUAUGCAUCCCGCUGCGGCAUCACAGGAACCUGGUGAUUCCUGGCCAGUGCAGCCAAAGGCCGAAUGUGUGGACAGGCCUUUGGAGGACUCAGGAGAGAGGGAAACACCGGGGCCUCUGGACAAGCCACUUCAGGUCUCCAAAGAGGAUCCUCAGCCUCACCAGGACUCAGGAGGUGCCUGGCUGCUGAGCAGAGGUGAGGAGAAACCUCCUGUGGAAGAGCCUGCAGACCUGGAGCCAGCGCAGACUUCCCCAGGGAGUUUGGGCGAGAUGGACUCCCUGAGACCUGAGAAGGAGCCACGGCAUAAGAGUCAGGGAAAGCCCCGAAAGCAGAAGGAGAAUGUAGCGGUGAACAAGCAACGUCAUAUCCACCCAGGGAGGAAGACACACCGCUGCAACAAGUGCAGGAAGAACUUCAGCUGCGUGCAAGACCUGUCCCAGCACCAGUGUGUGCAGAGUGGGGAGCAGCCAUACCUUUGCACCAGGUGUGGGAAGAGCUUCAAGCAGCCCUCCAUGCUGGCCAGGCACUUGUUCAUGCACACACGGGAGAAGCCACAUCAAUGCUCAGAGUGUGGGAAGCGCUUCAACCUGUCCUCCAUCCUGGCCAAACACCAGCUUAUCCACAAGAGGGAGAAGCCACAUCGGUGCUCAGAGUGCGGGGACACUUUCACUCACCCCUCCAGCCUGACUCAGCACAAGCGUAUUCACACAGGGGAGAAGCCACAUCGGUGCCUGGAGUGUGGGAAGAGCUUCUCCCGUUCCUCUAGUUUGGCCCGGCACGGGCUCACCCACACAGGGGAGAAGCCACAUCAGUGCUUGGAGUGUGGGAAGAGCUUCACCCUGUCCUCCAGCCUGACCACACACCAGCUCAUACACACAGGGGAGAAGCCACAUCAGUGCUCAGAGUGUGGAAAGAGGUUCACCCAGUUCUUCAGCCUGGCCCGGCACCAGUUUAUACACGCAAGGAAGUAGCCACAUCAGUGAUCAGAGGGUGAGAAGAGCUUUAUGAAAUUCUCCCACCCAGCUCAUCCACACAGAAGAGAGGCCACAUCACCAUAUUUCUCAGCUAUUAUUCUCACUGAAAUUACCAGCAUCCCCAUUUUUUAUAUUUUUUUGAGGAAAUGUGCCUGUGGUAUGUGUUGCAGUUAGAAACCGAAUUUUUAACCAAGUGCUCUGGGAAUUAACACAACACCUGGUCGGUGGAUAGCAGAAAGGCUUGUUUUAAUCACUGCUAACAAGCUACAACACUAAGUUACAGUACAAGACUCUUUCCCAAUAUAAAAGAAGCUAUUAGCCCUUAGUGUUAUCUUUGCAGCACGGAGAUCUUUACCUGAUGCAGGCAGGAGGCCGUUCUUGUACAGCCUCAAAGCCUGGGUCCUUCACGUGGAGGCUGGGUGGCAGGAUAGGUUCUGGUCUGGACUGCGCACGCCUUGCUGACAAACCUGCUGAGUUUCUAUACUGGGUUUUUUUCAGCAUAUUUUCUUGGUGGGUUGAAGAACAUGGCCUGGAUAAAGGUGACAGGGUGGAGGGUCAUUGUCCUUUGGUUGUGUUGUAAACGUUAGCCUUUUGCAUCCAUCUCUGGCUGCUGUAAGGAAAACCGACAUGCACAAAAACCCCUCAAUGCUCUGAAGGCUUCUCAUUUGCUUAAUUAUAGUGUGGCUUGAUUGCUGGAACCCGACACCCUAAACCAGGGUAUACUACUUGAUUAACUGCAGUAGAGCUCGAUUACUUGAAUUGAGCACCUUAGCCCACGAAUUGUAAGGCACUGUAUAGGCUGCUGUGAUAACAGGGCAGAACUCAAAAUAUUUUCCAACUGGCACAGACACCUCGAUUGGCGAGGGAUCUGAUAACAAGGGAGAGGCAAUCACUUGGAAAAGGGAGCUUACUCAUAAUCAAUUUAGAGUAGUUGGGCUCAGGGUGUACUUGAUACCAAAGCCAAAGAUGAGAUUAACUGUAUUGUUAUGUUUCAGGUGGCCCCAGUCAUGAGUUUGCCUUCUUGUGCAAAAGGGCACUGAUAUUAUAAUUUAGUCAUUUGAAUUUUGCAUGGAGGUGCAGACAAGCUCUGUGUCCAGCAGUGUGAGAGAAAAGCCAGUGUCUAUUCUCUUUUAAUCACACAGUUCCGAAUCAGGUUUCUCACUGUAGACAUCCCUCUCCCCCUAGUCCCUACGUUUUCAAGUUUCAAUUUUAAGAGAAAAGACAAGUGUGGCAUGUCAACAAGGGAAGUGCCCAUUUGACAGCCAGGGCUCCUCCAAAAUGUGCAUAGCCCGGGUCUGGUCUUGGGGUGUUCCUGACACUCGAUUCUGCUGAUGCUUCCCUUUCUAUUUUGGGUUCGAAUAAAAACACCCGAAAAUAC